AUGGUGUAUCUCUGUCACACUUGCUCCCAUCAGAAUGUAGCUGCAGGUUACCGGCGAACAGACAGCUACAAAUUAUGGAGCCAAACAGUCCAUGACCUCACAGCCACGCAGGAGACUGUGGAUGACUUAUCUGGAAAGCUGUGGUGUGGUGGCCAUGGAGCUUCCCAGGACAUCAUCGUUGCGUCUAUGGUCACUGCCCAUGCUAUGGGCAAAGUCAUCCCUCAACUGAAUGGGAAACUUACUCGAAUAGCUUUACAGGUCCCCACUCCCAAUGUGUCAGUCAUGGAUCUGACCUGCAGAGUGGAGAAAGCUGCAAAAUAUGAUGAAAUCAAGAAAGCAGUAAAGUUAAUAUCAGAAGGGUCUCCAACAGGCAUCCUGGGGUACACAGAAGACCAAGUUAUCUCUUGUGAAUUUAACAGUUACAUCUACUCUUCUGCCUUUGAUGCCGGAUCUGGCAUUUCCCUAAAUGAUCACUUUUUCAAAAUAAUUUUCUAUUAUGACAAUGAAUUUGGCAACAGCGAUCAGUUUGUUGAUCUGAUGGUUCACAUGGCCUCCAAAGAAUAA